AACACAAUGUAAAUCCACGUUGGCUGCUGCGGUCGUCCUGUGUGAAGCUUUAAACCUUUCAAGCAGUGUGUCGUUUCCCUCAAGUGCCGAUGGGCUUCUCCGUGGCAGAGCGGCAGAAGUGAAGGGUGCUUUUGCUUUGAAAGAGACAAAAGGGGGGAAAGACAAAAGAGCGGAGCGGAGAGCACACAGAAUGGGAGUCUGCAGCAGGAGCGAAUCCUCCUAGAGACAGAGACCCGGAGGAGGCGGCGGUCACUGUGCAGCAGCAGUUUCCAACGGACCGAUAUUUAAGAUGAUUGACAGUCAGCUGUCGGCACAGAGGAGGGCAAUGAGGAGUUUCCCUGAUGACAGCGGCGUGGAGAAGACCAGCACCUACAUCGUGCCCUGCUUCCUUUUCGUGGAGCUGGUCAUCAUGGCAGGGACCGUUCUGUUGGCGUACUACUUUGAGUACACGGACACGUUCCCCGUGCACAUCCAGGGCUUCUUCUGCUUCGACAAAGCCUACUCCAAGCCGUUCCCGGGACCGGAGGACAACAGCAAGGCGCCGCCGGUCCUCGUCUACUCCCUGGUCACCGCCAUCCCCACUGUGACGAUUCUGAUCGGAGAAGUGACCAGUUUCUUCGUGAAGACGGAAGGAGCUCAGGAGAAGACCAUAGUGACCGCCGACUGCUGUUAUUUCAACCCUCUCCUCCGCAGGAUUGUACGUUUUCUGGGCGUCUACUCCUUCGGGCUCUUCACCACCACCAUCUUCGCCAAUGCCGGCCAAGUGGUGACCGGGAACCAGACGCCGCACUUCCUGUCCGCCUGCAGGCCAAACUACACGGCGCUGGGCUGCCAGUCUCCGCUGCACUACAUCGCCGAGCGCCGGGCCUGCACGGGAAACCCGUACCUGGUGGCGUCCGCCCGCAAGUCCUUCCCCUCCAAGGACGCGGCGCUUAGCUUUUACUCAGCCAUCUACACGGUGAUGUACGUGACGCUGGUGUUCCGGACCAAAGGGACCCGCCUCACCAAGCCCACGCUGUGCCUCGUGCUGCUGUCUCUGGCCGUGCUGGUGGGGGUGGUGCGGGUGACCGAGCACAGAAACCACUGGAACGAUGUGCUGGCCGGGUUCGUCACCGGAGGGGCCAUCGCUGCCUUCCUGGUUUCGUGUGUGAUCAACAAUUUCAAGCAGACCCAGAUAGCAUUGCCGCCUCCUCCGCCUCAACAGCGCCCCGAGCAUGCAAUCGGGCUUCCUCUCCUCAGCCUGCCCCGCGUGGAGAGUCCACUCGAAAAGUUAAGUGGCCUCCAGGUUCCAGGGCUACCGUAUUCUGAGAUCACAUGACCAUCAGCCAAUCCCGUCCCCCGCCCCUCCCGAUGUGCUCCUCCCCUCGCGGCGUUGCCUCACCAGCGCAGUCUAGACCCGCCCACUGAAUGCCCCCCGCCCUGCCCCGCCCACCCCGUAGGACGACACCCUCUCCGACGAGUCAAAUCUACGCAGGUCUGAAAGGUCCACCAAUCAGAAGAGGCAGACGCGUGCGUGUGACAUGCGCCGCUGAAACCUGUCAUCGGCUAAGGACCCGCAGGAGGGGACUCGUGUCCUUCUUUUCCUGUCAUGUCAUGUUUUUCCUCCACAAUGGCCUCCUUUUUUCUUUCUGGUGAUAAAAGACCCGACGAAAGAAGCCGCCAAAGCAAGAGCUGUUGAAGCAAUACUGUGUCCAUAUUCCCACGUCCGGUUUUCCUAAUAGACCCACAACAGGGACUCUAAAGACUGUUGUCUGGUUACGGCUUGAUGAAACACUUGAUCAUAUAAAAGUUAUUCAGCAAUCGAAGAAAGUUCCAGUCGCUGGUGGAUCGUCCUCAAAGCAACACUCAGGACAAUACAGGGGGGGG